AAUUUAGAAAUUAAGGAAAACUUUUUGUUCUAUUUACAAGAAAAAGUCCAAUUAAUUGAAAAACUACAACGAAAGUUACCCUUUGGUAAUUGUUGAAAUAGAGCUUGUGUUAAAUAUAAUAAAACAAUAAUAGUUAAAAAAUUUUCUGCAUUGACAAUUCCUACGUUACAAACAAACAGUGAAGUGGAAUACUGUACAUACGCGGUGUUGUUCUAAGCAAAUAUUUGGGAACGUAAAAAUGCCAUCUAAAAAGAAAAAAUAUAAUGCACGUUUUCCAGCAGGCCGAAUAAAGAAGAUAAUGCAAAGCGAUGAAGAAAUUGGAAAAGUUGCACAAGCUGUUCCUGUAAUAAUCUCUAGAACAUUGGAAUUGUUUGUGGAAUCCCUACUAAGGAAAACGUUAAAAAUUACAAAUUCUCGAAAUGCAAAAACCUUAUCUACUUCUCAUAUGAAGCAGUGCAUCAUGUCAGAGCAACGUUUUGAUUUUUUACGAGAACUGGUUAAAAAUAUACCAGAUAUAAACAUUGCCGAAGAAUCUGCAAACUAUAAUGAAGACGAAACUCAUAGUUCACCUGAAGAAGCAUACCCUGACUCUGAUACACCAUUUGAUUUGAGUAUGCCAUCUACAUCUACGCAAGCAACACGAAAUAGUGCAGCAAAUGGAAUCACACAUAAAUAUGCUACACGAAAUGGUGGAUUUAGAAUUAACACGAAUAUGAAUACAAUAAAUGAAGCAAAUCAUACAUACCUGAAAAGGGAAUAUGAUAUUGAACAUCAACAUCAACUAUAUGAAGGUGUUGAUAGGGGAUCAAAUUCAGUUAUAACACAUACUACCAAAAUAGCAAAUAUAAAUUCAGAAUGUUCACCAGUAAAAAUAUUUCGCUCUGACUCAACACCGGCUGGUACAACAUCUCAGAAGCCUAGACAACGAUUAAAACAUCAACCACAAUCAUUACCGUAUGCAAUGGAUUGCCAUAAUACAACCACACUAAAAAAUCAACCAAAUAAAGAUAAAGUGUUAUCUCAGCCCCCAGCUGCCAUACCCGCCCCCAUUGUAAACUUCGAUUUUUGCAAUAAACCUGUUGUAAAAAUUGAUUAUAGCAACAUUUCGAUGCCUGGGCAGGUUUCAUCAUCUCCAUUAUCUGUAACUACAAACGCAUCUAACCCAGACAUUAAUUUUGCUAAUGAAGCAGUCAUUAAUAUUGAUUUAUCAAACAUAGUUCGAAAUGCAAGUGACAAAACUAUUGAAAGCGAUGAACCAAUGGCAACAAUAAGAAUAGGUGCUUUUCCAGCUGCUGAAUCAGAAUUAACUUCCAGUUCUAAAUCUAGCAUGGCCUCUUUUAAAAAUUCUAUUGACACCACAACCAACACUGCGAAAAAUAAGAAUUCGUUUUUCGAAUUAGAUGAAGACUAUGACAAUAUAUAAACUUUAAUUUGUACUUUUAAACUUUUUUAUGAAUAAAAUAA